AUGACCCACAGGGACAAAGCAGGUUCUGUCGGCAGCCUGAAGUUUGUGACUUUUCUGGUUGCCCUAAGUCCAGUACUUCUACUCCUGGGGGCCAGAGUGCAGCUUCAAGACAACGGGUAUGAUGGAAUACUUAUUGCAAUUAAUCCUCAGGUACCUGAGAAUCAGAACCUCAUCACAAACAUUAAGGAAAUGAUAACUGAAGCUUCUUUUUACCUAUUCAAUGCUACAAAGAGAAGAGUAUUUUUCAGAAAUAUACAGAUUUUAAUACCUGCCACAUGGAACGCUAAUAAUUAUAGCAAGGUAAAACAAGAAUCAUAUGAAAAGGCAGAUGUCAUAGUGGCUGAUUGGAAUGGGGUACAAGGAGAUGACCCAUACACUCUGCAAUACAGAGGAUGUGGAAAAGAAGGAAGAUACAUUCAUUUCACACCGAACUUCCUACUGAAUGAUGACUUAACAGCUGGCUAUGGAUCCCGAGGUAGAGUGUUUGUCCAUGAAUGGGCCCAUCUCCGUUGGGGUGUGUUUGAUGAAUAUAAUAAUGACAAACCUUUCUAUAUAAAUGGACAAAAUCAAAUUAAAGUUACAAGAUGUUCAUCUGACAUCACAGGCAUUUUUGUGUGUGAAAAAGGCCCUUGCCCCCAAGAAAACUGCAUUAUUAGUAAGCUUUUCAAAGAAGGAUGUGUGUUUAUCUACAACAGCACUCAAAAUGCAACUGCAUCAAUAAUGUUUAUGCAAAGUUUAUCUUCUGUAGUUGAAUUCUGUAAUGCAAGUACUCACAACCAAGAAGCUCCAAACCUACAGAACCAAAUUUGCAGCCUCAGAAGUGCGUGGGAUGUGAUGGCAGACUCUGCUGACUUCAAAGGCAGCCUUCCCUGGAAGGGUUCUGAGYUUCCACCUCCUCCCACUUUCACUGUUACACAGGCCGGUGACAAGGUGGUCUGUUUAGUGCUGGAUGUGUCCAGCAAGAUGGCAGAGGCUGACAGACUCCUCCGACUACAACAAGCAGCUGAAUUUUACUUGAUGCAGAUUGUUGAAAUUCAUUCUUUUGUGGGCAUUGUGAGUUUCGAUGGUAAAGGAGAGAUCCGAGCCCAGCUACAUCAAAUUAACAGUGAUGAUGACCGAAAGCUGCUGGUUUCGUAUCUGCCUACCACUGUGUCAGCUGAAGCAGAAACCAGUAUCUGCUCAGGGCUUAAAAAAGGAUUUGAGGUGGUUGAAAAACUGAAUGGCAAAACCUAUGGCUCUGUGAUGAUAUUAGUGACUAGUGGAGGUGACGAGCACAUUGGCAACUGCUUGCUCACAGUGCUCAGCAGUGGGUCAACCGUCCACUCCAUUGUCCUGGGCUCCUCUGCGGUGGGAAACCUGGAGGAAUUAUCCCAAGUGACUGGAGGUUUAAAGUUUUACGUUCCGGAUAAAUCAAACUCUAAUAGCAUGAUUGAUGCUUUCAGUAGAAUUUCCUCUGGAACUGGAGACCUUUUUCAACAGAGUAUUCAGCUUGAAAGCAUGGGUGAAAAUGUUAGCCCUUAUCAUCAAUUGAAAAACACUGUGACUGUGGAUAACAGGGUGGGCAAUGACACUAUCUUCCUAGUCAUGUGGCAGACCAGUGGUCCCCCUGAGAUUGUAUUACUUGAUCCUACUGGAAGAAAAUACUACAUGAAUAAUUUUAUCAUCAAUGAGGCUUUUCGGACAGCCAGCCUUUUGAUCCCGGGAACUGCCAAGCCUGGGCACUGGAUAUACACCCUGAACAAUACACACCAUUCUCCUCAGGCCCUGAAAGUGACAGUGGCCUCCCGUGCCUCCAGCUCCACUGUGCCCCCAGCCACUGUGGAAGCCUUUGUGGAAAGAGAUAGCRCCUAUUUUCCUCAUCCCGUGAUAAUUUAUGCAAAUGUAAAAAGAGGGUUUUACCCCAUUCUUAAUGCCACGGUUACAGCGAUGGUUGAGCCAGAGAUUGGAGAUCCUGUCCUGCUGAAACUUUCCGACGACGGAGCAGGUGCUGAUGUUAUAAAAAAUGAUGGAAUAUACUCGAGGUAUUUUUUCUCCUUUGCUGUAAAUGGUAGAUAUAGCUUGAAAGUGCAUGUCAAUCAUUCUCCCAGCGUAAGCGCCAUAGCCCACUCUGUCCCAGGAAGUCAUGCUAUGUACGUACCAGGUUACAUAGCAAAUGGUAAUAUUCAGAUGAAUGCUCCAAGAAAAUCAGUGCGCAGAAGUGAGGAGGAGCCAAAGUGGGGCUUUAGCCGAGUUAGCUCAGGGGGCUCCUUUUCAGUGGUGGGAGUUCCAACUGGCCCCCAUCCUGAUGUGUUUCCACCWUGCAAAAUUGUUGACUUGAAAGCUGUAAAAAUGGAAGAGGAAGUGACCCUGUCUUGGACAGCACCUGGAGAAGACUUCGAUCAGGGGCAGGCUACAAGCUAUGAAAUAAGAAUGAGUAACAACCUACAGAGUAUUCAAGAUGACUUUAACAAUGCCAUUUUAGUAAAUAUGUCAAAGCUAAAACCUCAGCAAGCUGGCACCAGGGAGAUGUUUACAUUCUUACCCCAACUUUUCUUAAAUGGACUUGAACCUGAUGGAGAAACACAAGAAAGCCACAGAAUUUAUGUGGCUAUGAGAGCAAUGGAUAAGAACUCCUUAAAGUCUGCUGUAUCUAAUGUUGCCCAGGUAUCUCUGUUUAUUUCUCCAAACUCUGCUCCUGUACUAGGAAGAGAUUCUCUUAUAAUGAAAGGAGUUUUAAUAGCAAUAAGUUUAAUAGGAAUCAUUUGCCUCAUUAUAGUUACAGCACAUUAUACUUUGAAUAGGAAAAAGAGAGCAGACAAGAAAGAGAAUGAAACAAAAUUACUAUGA